AUGGAUGGGAACGGAAGAAUGUCUUGCAGACUCGUUCAUGAAGCAAGAAUCUUGAAGAAUAGGGAUGUACACAUCUGGAGUUAUUCUUUCAGCAGCGAUGUUCCUUUAGCAGAGGUAUUUGAAAUGUUCAAGUGUGACCUAGAUGUGGUAGAGUUGAGAUACAAAGUACAUAUUAUUUUGGGUGGAAACUGGAUAUUGAACAACCCAGACCUGCUCCAGUGCCUGAAUGCCCCAAUACUGUCUCAGUCUGCCUGUCAAUCUGCCUACCCUGGACAGAUAACCAGUAACAUGAUUUGUGUUGGCUACCUGGAGGGAGGCAAAGAUUCCUGCCAGGGUGAUUCUGGUGGCCCUGUGGUCUGCAAUGGACAGCUCCAGGGCAUUGUCUCCUGGGGCUAUGGCUGUGCCCAGAAGAAUCUCCCUGGUGUUUACACCAAGGUCUGCAACUAUGUUACUUGGAUUAAGAACACCAUUGCUGCCAACUAAGAAUCCUUCAUCCCUCUGAAAUCACUAUGUCAAUAAACUGAAUUCCUU